AUCUGAAGGCGUUUGUAGUUGAUCAGUGACUGAAGUGAAGGAUACAAGUUGUGCAAUAUCAAGGUGAUAAAGUGGGCAACGUGAACUUUAGAUUGUGGGAAUAGGACUUUCAAAGUACCCAUUAUUUCAUUCCACGCUUUUUCUCAAGUUUAAAAUACCCUUUGUUGAAGAAACGGUCAAGAGAAACAUGAACAAAGUGUUCCUCGUGUUGUUUUUAUUUGCCUCCGUCUACUCUGAGUCGCAGGUGCGGGAGACUGAGACAUGGAUGCCCAUGAAGAUGACCCAAGCCGUGUCGCGUGACGAGCUUGUCGCGUCUGGAGACGGCUCCGACUUCGGCUUCCCCGAUGAGGAGCACGACACAUUUGACAAUGAGGACGACACGGAAGAUGAGGAUUAUGACGAUUUCUCUGGCUCUGGAGAUGGAGUAACUACUAUUACAAUCAAAAAUGACAAUACCAUGACAAAGCCUGACAUGAACGACAACAACAUUCCAGACCUGGACAGAUCCCUGAGGCCCAAACCCACACCGAAUGACAUUGAACUGGUCCAGAAGAACAAUGAAGUGUCAGUGCGGGGUGUUCCCAACCCCGAGGAGCACCUACCGAAUGUACUGAUGGCCCAUGCAGGGGAGGAGAGCAUCUUCAGAAAAACAGAGGUCCUAGCAGCUCUGAUUGCUGGUGGAGCAGUGGGGCUGCUCUUUGCUGUCUUCCUCAUCCUCCUGCUCGUCUACCGCAUGAAGAAGAAGGACGAAGGCAGCUACGACCUGGGAAAGAAGCCCAUCUACAAAAAGGCUCCCACCACAGAGAUCUACGCCUAAAGCCCACCUUCACCGGGCCACCUGCCUGCUCUCCAGUGCCUCUCGAAAGCAAACCUCUCCUCUUGCCUGCUUACUGUACAGCCAGGAAGUCCAAGAGGGAGAAACCAUCAAACAAAAACAGCUUCUCCUAUUCCACCACGAAUUCUAAAGUGGUUCAUUUUGAAACGGAAGAAACACUUUAACUGUCAGUUUUUCCUUUUUUCCCCCUACAAGAAAGAGAAUGGGAAAGGACCAUUUCAGCUGCCAAACAAUGCAGUACAAGAUUUUUUUGUUUUUAAAAAAUAAACAUCAAUUCUGCAGCAAACCUGCAGCGAAAUCUUGA